AUGAAACUUCUAGCAAGCAAGGAACAGUUUGAUGGACAUACAAUUGAUGCCUUAUUGCAGUUGAAAAAAAAGGCGUCAAAUGAAAAAAAUAAAGCAAUGAAUAACUUACUUAAAGGAUAUGCGUCUAAUUUUGUUGCGAAUCAUAAAAACUUUAAAAUGAAGUUUCAUUCUAAAAAAGAUUCACAACAAUCAAUUGCAAUACUUUCUAAACAUUGGGGUAAAUCUCGUGGUGAAUUCUCAUUUCUUUAUAAAAUAAACUCAGCAGAAUCUCUUCCAAAACAACUUGAAUAUGAUAGUUGCCUUGUUAUAAAUCGUCUUGGUAAAUUUUACCUUUGUAUAUCUGAGCCACUUAAAAUACGGGCUGAGAACCAAGGUCCUUUAUUUUCAGAAAAUCAAGAAAAGGGAAAAAAUGAUAUUAGUCAGAUUUAUCGACUUUGUCAUAUAGAUGACAGACUUCAAAGUAAACGAGAUAAGAUUCAUGGAAAAGGAAACAAACGUAAACGUUAUAGAAUGAUCAAACGUGGGCAACGACGUAUUGGUUCUAAGACAGCUCGAGCUAUGUGUAGAUUUAAAGUAUUUUGUUGUUCUAAAUGUAAAACAGAACUCGAUAGGGAUAUUAAUGGUGCUUGUAAUAUUCUUCUUCACUACCUUACUAAAAAAAAUGAGUCAGCUUAA